CAGUGAAAAACCAACUAAGAGUAAAAUGAGGAAAAAGAUUGGAGAAGGAGGAUUUGGAAAGGUGUACCUGUACUGUGACCCAAAUACGUCGUUGUUAUUUGCCAUUAAACAUAUCAAACUAGUCCAAACGAAAGCUAAUAUAUCACAGUUCACAGAUAAAUUAAGAAAUGAAAUCCAAAUCCUGAGCAGCAUCAAACACGAACGAAUCGUUCAGUAUUAUGGAUGUGAAGAGAGCAAAGAAGAAGUACUCAUCUUUUUGGAAUAUAUGCCAGGGGGAUCCCUUUACGAUCACAUGCAUGACUUUGGGCCUUUUAACGAGGCUGUGACACGGACAAUGACAAGACAAAUCUUACAAGGACUAGCAUUUCUUCAUGAGAGUAACAUUAUUCAUAGAGACAUCAAAGCUGCAAAUAUUCUCCGCGACACUGUUGGCAAUGUGAAAGUCACAGACUUUGGUGUUUCUAAACAACUAACAAGCAUAACAGAAGCUGGCCCGCACACAACAGUUGGCUCGUUUCACUGGCUGGCACCUGAAAUAAUAACUAGUGAUAACUAUGGAAAGAACGUCGACUUAUGGAGCUUAGGUUGUACAGUUGUAGAGUUAUUGACGACCAGGCCACCGUUCGCCGAUAUAGAGCCAAUACAAGUGAUUUUAAAGAUAGCUAGCUGUAAACAUCCUGAAUACACUUUGCCAAAAGUAACAUCUGAGAAUUUAAGAGAGUUCUUAAACAUCACUUUUAAAAAAGACUGGAACGCAAGAACAUCAGCAUUAAAGUUACUGGAGCAUCCGUUUGUUGAAGUGUGUAAAACAUUGGAGGAAAUCGAGAGAAAAGACAGAGAGAUCAAUAAACUUAAAGAACAGAAAGUGUGUAAAGCAUCGGGCGAAAUAGUGAAAAAAGACAGAGAGAUCAUAAUGCUUAAAGAAGAGAAAGAAAUACUUCUGAGGGCCUUGGCUCGGUAUAGGUCAAGGUUGAAUGACAGAAAAGGACAGAAAACAAAAUUUGCCUAGAAAGAGACAAAUAGUCUAGCACGAAUAAAGAUAUUUGAUGGAAAUUUAGAGUAAGCUUAUCCACAUGACACCUUCGUUAACCAUAGGCCAAGAAAAAACAGAUGACCUUCACAUCAUUCAGCCCUAUAGACAACCCACAAGAUCUGAAAGGAGAACUUUACUUUUUUUGUGUGUACAAACUAAGAAAAAAGGAUGGACUUCUGAAAUGCAAAGACCCUAAAGAAAACGCAAGAUAUUUAUCCCCCCAAAAUGGUGAGGACAAUAUUACUAAAACAAAACUUGCUAAGGCGUCUUUAUGUUUCUCUCAUUAUUGUUUUAAUUGUAUUAUUUUGUAUUUUUUUUGUAUUUAACUCGUCUCUGUUUUAGUGUACUUAAUGAUGAUUUUUUUAUUCAAUGAUAUAUAUAUAUAUAUAUAUAUAUAUAUAUAUAUAUAUAUAUAUAUAUAUAUAUAUAUAUAUAUAAAUAAUUAAAUCAUAAAAUAAAUGAAAUAAGAAUACUCAUCAUAAAUCACAUGACUGGAAGUAAGGGUGAAUGUUGAAGUGUUAGUAUUCUCAAGUUAAUGACAGGAACAAGAGCCUAACACUUAUAUAGAAGUAAGCAUUUAAUUACAAGAAUAAGAACUUAGAUAUUAUAGAGUUAUAUAUGGUAUUUUUAAGGGUUGCUGAUCCCAAAUUGUAGCAGUUAUCGAGGCAUACCUUCUAUUGGACAAGCCUGAUAUAUUUGGUACCUGGACAGCUGCCAACGUGAGGGACGCUCUCCGCAUGCCAAAUAUCAACUUAUUCCAGACUCAUAAAAAGCGUGAAAAAUGCCUCUUCCUGUUGUGGGCCCCACACUUGAUUCCUGUUUCUUUCCCUCCUUCCAGUUCAAGUUACGUUUCAAAUGAUAGAUUUGUAUCAUUUGUGUAUUUACAUCUCAUCAUUGCAACACUAUCACCAUUACUAUCAUGUAAAUAAACUUUAUGUGUUCAUAAA